AAUGAGCCGCUUUGGAAUUUAUUGUAUUUUUCUCUUUUUAUUAGUAAAAAGCCCAAGUCUGAUUCUCUUCAUAUGUUUCGCCAUUUAUGUUUACAUUCAUUACAGGACGCGAUAAAAUCAAAUUGACGCCUGAAGGGAUCAAACGGAGGUAAAACUGAUGGCAUACAGUGGAUAACAGAUGUAAGCGUCCCUCCCAUCUAUUUACAAACACGUCACUGAUCUGUUGUCCUUGUCACUGCGAGUGUGAAUGGCGUCAGACUCGGUUGAUAAACUAUGCUGUUCCCAGCCCGGAGGUCGAAACCAAAAACUGGGUCAGAAGGAGCUGUUACGUUACCGAGCUGCGAUAAGACCACCAGCAUGCUUGAUAAAAGACUUUUUAUAAGGCAGAGGAUGACUGGAAGCAGUCCGGUUUUAAGCUGACAACCAGAGGCAAGUACCAGAACCGUUUGUUUUUUCUUCUGACGACACUACCAAUGGGUCUCUUCCUCUCAGCUUGGCUGUAUGGAAGAGGAGACAGCACUCCCUCAUCUUCAUCAGCCUUCCCUCCACUAGCUGUCCCCACAUCCUCACGUCUCGCACUCACUCUGAACUCUUCUCCUGUUUCUCCAGGAGAUGUACGCUCACACUGGAGCGCCAUCCAUCACUCUCCUCACUUUCUGCUGUCGCCCUGCAAACAGGAAGUGACUCGCACACCUGCUGAACUCAGCAGUGAUGCAGUCAGGGCAGAGAUGGGAGUGAAGAGUGGGCUUCAUGUGUGGGAGUUGAUGUGGAGCCCCAAAUACAGAGGCAGUCAUGCAGUCUUGGGAAUUUCAAUGCAGGAUUGUCCCCUGCAGGGGUCGGGUUAUAACGUGCUGAUAGGUGGUGAUUCUCAGUCUUGGGGCUGGGAGCUUAGAACUAAUCAACUCUGGCAUGAUGGGCAAACUCUAGGUUGUUACCCAAAUAAGAGGAAUAGAUAUCAAUCUGAGGCUGGAGGGAGUUUUAGGCCAAAAUUCUCCAUGUCUCCAAAUACAAAGAGGGCAGAGACACCUCUCCUCAUUCCUGAGCGUGUCCUGCUUGUCCUGGAUGCUGAUGCAGGAACCCUGGGAUUUGUUGUUGAUGGCAGCUUCCUUGGCAUAGCUUUUAAGGACCUUCCUCGUGGAGUGGAAAUGUUCCCAGCAAUAAGCAGCGUCAGGGGAGGAGCAAGAAUACGGUUACGCUAUCUGAACGGCACUGCAUGUAAUCCCCCUGCCCUGAUGGCUCUAUGUGGACUUUCAAUUCAUCAGUUUUUAGGACAUCAAAGGCAGAAUGAAAUGGACAAAUUGCCUCUGCCACCUUUCCUCCAACACUAUCUGCAUUCUUGUUUCUAAUUUUGAUAGGCAUUCAAUUACAAAUUUGUUUGAUAAAGUCCACUUCGGUAUUUGUUACAAGAUAGAUAAUGUUUGUUUUGUUUUUUGUUUUUUUUGUUUGUUUUUGGAGAAGGCCACCUACAGUCUCAGAAAGGUUAAGUCAGAAAGUCUAUCUUCUUUAUAGAGGAUUAGACGAACUAAUCCUAACUGCUUGCAGGAUGGGGCUAAACAGCUUUACAUAAACUGUGAAGGGCUGAUGAAAUAAGAAGCAAGAGAAAGCUACAAGCAGAAAUUAUUCAGUUGCCGGGGGCUUGUGUUUGAUCGGUCUGGCACAGAUUUGUGUAAAGUCAUGUUAAGAGGAAUAAAGGGAAGCUUUGUGUCAUAAGCCAUUUUAAAGCCAUGAAAUAUUUUUUUCUGUCCGAAACAUUUAGAUGUACAAUUUUCUGGAACACAUUCAUUUUGAGGGUAUUAAUUACUUAAGGAGUUGGAUUUUCACCAUUUCAAAAUAUCUCAGUGCCUUAUGGCAUAUUUGUUUGACAUAAAUCUGAUGUAAAUAUAUUGCUAAAUCUAAAAACUGUUUAUUUUAUUUAUUAUAAAUAAAUGCACAUUACACACAUCCUUUGACAAUUCUUUGAAAAACAUCUGUAAAAACAAUGUGAAUAAAAAAACUUUUUCAUAAAAAUGAAAGUCUCAUUUUCUGUCUACAUAAUA